GUUCCCUUGAAGUGUUGGAGUUCUCUUGGCCCCCGGCUGCGGAGGACCAAGAGGAGAGGGACCUUGGACAGCAGCCCGCCGAGGACUCUGGAAUAGGCCCCUCUACCGUGGUGUCAGCCUCUCCGGUGAUGCUUACCGCAGAGGGGAGCUGGGUUGCAGCUUCGGACCAGGAGCGCCUCUCGGCUCUGGUGGUGGACAUGGCAGACCAUUUGGCCGAGCAGCUGGCCCCGGCGGACCUAGCCGUGGAGGAGCUUGUUUGUUUCCGGCAGGGGCAAGCGAUGCUCUUCCCCCUGGCUUCGGAAGUGCUCAGGCAGUCAAAGGAGUGGCUGCUAGGUGCGGAAAACUUUCCCGAGGACAGGUCAGGUUAUCACACAGCCGUUUCGGCCACGGAAGCCCCGGCUCAGCGUCCCAAGCCUCCGAAGCCGAAGCGCCCCACGGUGCAGCAGCUGGCAGCCCAGCAAAGCCAGAUGAUGCAGCUUAUGACUUCCGUUGUGGAACGCCUCGACAGUUUGCAAGUCUCGGCGUCGCGGGCGCCCGGGCCCGCAGGUCAGGCAAUAGGACCUCCACCCCCUACCCGUGCUCAGCCCCCUGCCGCGCCCAUGCAAGUGGACUUGGAGGAGGCAGCAGCAGGUGCCUUAGCGAGAGGCGAGCUCCCGGGCGAGAGCAGCCUUACCUCGGCCGUCCUUGCUCAAAGCCAGGCCUUGGUUGCUUUAGUGGGGCAGCUUUCUUCGGGCUCGGGAGACCCUUUGCUGGAAACCACAGGGCAGUCAGCCAGUGUGAGAGGAGCGGCCAACCGGGCGAAACUCCAGGAGGAGCUCUCGGGCCGGUCCGGGGCCUUUGCAGACAAGAUCCGGGCGAACAUGGCUCGGCGGAUGGACCCCACUCACUUGAUGGCCGAGGAGCAGAUAUCUUUUAUGCGGUAUCUGGAGAGGCACGGAGCUUUUGCCUCCCAGCCUCUGCUGGGGCUUCUUGCCUGGCAGACAGCCCAGGCCUUAGACCUUCUGGCCGCAGGUUCGGAGGCAGGUGCUCGAGAUACUCUUUCCCUGCUGCUGCUCAUGAUGGAGCAGACCGCGCUGGAUGGGGGCAACAGCUCCCUAGCUUGGCUCCUUACCCUGCAGGCGGAGCCGCCACAGAGCCUGUUCCAGACCCCGGCCACGGUUCCGGGUGCUCAGCUGCCUGUGUUUUCUGCCCUGGCCGAACAGAAGUGGGUGACAACAGCCCUGGCGUACGCGAAGGAGCUGGACACUAUAAGCGUGCGCCGCGCGGAGGUCGGGAAAGCGGUCUUCCUCGGCUGGUGCCCCUGGACUUUGGACUUCUUCUACCUUGGGAGCUCCCACGGACUCCCCUUUGCCCCCGGCCCCGAUGUUCCCUGCGCGAGCAAUGCCUCCGGAGAUGUUUUCCCCCUGCAUUGCAGCAGCCUCAGAGAAGAGGGCGAGUUCGCUUUUGAAUCCUGGAUCGCCGCCCUCCCCCGGCUUCUCAAGCGUGGGAAGACCCAGCUUUCCGGGUUUCUGGUUUCUACUUUCAAUCUGCCUAAGGGGACCUCACCCGACCCCUCAGCCGCUCUCUACCCGCUGCCUCUUCUUCACGAGAGGGUCUUCCAGCAGCGGGCCUGCCGAAACGCUUCUGACCGUCGGACCCUUGCUGUUCGUCGGUGCGUGCACCUGGUUGCCAUGUCUUUGAAUUACAUGCACGCCGGCUGCAAACAUGUUCCCUUGCGUUCUCUGCAGAGGCCUCUCAACUCGGCCCAGGCCCGCGCCUAUCACCGGAUUGAGAUGCUUGUUCGAGCGUGUGCCCACCGGGCCGGCCUCGUGCCUGCCUGCUCUGGGCGUCGCGGCCUCCACCUUGCUGCCAGGCUUUCGGAGGUUGUGUGUUUUGUUGAGCGCUGUGGCCUGACCCCUGGCGCUUACCCUGGCGACGGUGCUUUGCCUGAGGAAGCACCUUUUCUGCCCCACGCCGACCACGGCCUGGAGGCGCUUCACCCCUACCGGGACCUUCGAGCUGAUCAGGUUGCCCUGCAUGGCGAAGGGAAGUGGGACCUCGCUGUCCAUCUCGGCCCUGACCUCUACAUGCCCUAUGUUGAGCCCCAGGUGCUGCACUUUGCCGGACUCGACGCGCCCUUCCCCUCUUUUGCCAAGGAGCAGCCGGACCACCUGAUUGAGAUCUGCAAGCUGUGGGACGCCUCCGCUCUUCUUGGAUUUGUGCCGGGCCCUUUACCAGACCGCCAGCUCACGAGACUUUUCGGAGCCUACAAAGCUCCGGGCAAGCUUCGCCAGAUCGGCGACCGAAGGGGCCAGAACGCUUCUGAGGCCCACCUGUGUGGCCCGUCCCGGUUUCUGCCUUCGGGCCCCCUGCUCUGCCGUAUCCAUGUGCCUGCCGGCCACUGCUUGGUCGGCUCCGUGACGGACCGGCAGGACUUUUACACGCAGGCCCGGAUAUCCGAGGAGAGGUUGUGGACUAAUGCUGUGGGGCCGUCGCUUGUGCUUGGGAGCCUUCUUGACACAACUGCGGGUCAAGCCUUGCUAGCUGCUGGCUGGAGCGCUGGACUUCGCGCCCGGGCUUCUCGCCUCUCCUCUCCCCCGCCUUCCCUCCUCGUGGGCCCACGCGCCGUCGUGCACCCGACCUUUCAGUCCUUGCUACAGGGGGACGCGGGUGGAGUCGAAUACGCGACGGGAGGGCACCAGGGCUUGUUGCAGAAUUGGGGUUGCCUUUCUUCUGCUCGUCGUUUGCGUUCUCGCCAUCCGGUCGCUGCCGUCGGGCCUUGGCAGGGCCUCAUCAUCGACGACUUCUUCUGCUUGGGGGUUGAGAGCGGGGACUUCUUGCCGGGCUCCCCCUCUGCUUCCCUCGAUGCUCUCGAGGUUGCAAAAUCUGCUUACGAUUCGGAGGGAGUCGCGGGCUCCCCUAGCAAGGACGUUCUUUCCCAGAGGGUCCUAAAGGUUGCUGGAGCCGAGAUCGAUUCUUGUGUCGAGACCGUCCUUUCGGGUGCCACCUUCCUCGGCUUCCCCACUCAGAAAAGACUGUCUUUGGCCGCUGCCUCUGUUCGUGCUGCCGAGUGCCCUUACAUCUCCGAAGAGCUGGUCUCUUGCCUUACCGGCUCGUGGGUCUCCUCCCUCAUGUACAGGAGGUGCCUCAUGUCGGCUUUGGAUGGAUUAUUUUCCCUUGGCAGGUCGGAGGUCCCGAGCACCCCGGGCAGCGCCCUUCGACCUCUUUCCCGGAAGAUUGCUGGCGAGCUUCAGCUCCUUGCCGUCCUCGCCCCGGUCAUCCUGACUAACCUCUCUGCGGCCCCGGCUUCUCGUGUCUUUGCCUCGGACGCUUCCAACGCCAAGGGCGCCUUUUGCUCUGCCGCCAUAGGCCGCGAGGAGUCUUUGCGUGUGUGGCUCGCUUCGGAGUCAAAAGGGCAUGCGGUCAGGUUGUGUGAGGUUAAGAGCUCUGAGGCUGCUACGCCUGGACUUGGCGACCGACCCGUCGAGGCCGAGCCGAAGAAGCCCCUUGCCUGCUCUUACGACUUCCUCGAGGGUAGCGCGUCUCAGGGCGACCUGUCCGAGGACCUCGGCCAGUUGGGGUUCUACGUUGGGCCCGUCAUAGACCCGGCCCGGUCGAGGCACUUCUGCCACACUGCCCCCCGGCUUCUCGAGUGGAUUUUCUUCCUGCUCUCCGAGAAGAGGCUAGGCCGCCUCUUCGCUGUCACCUGCCCUGAAGGCUUCGUCAAAACUGAGCCCCGCACCUGUGCCGGCAACCGGCUCGCACUUGCUCACCUUGGUCUGUUGCAGGCUGCCCUUAGGUGUGUUGCUGGCCUGCAUGCCUCCGAAACCGUCGUUUCCGGUGGCCUCCCUGGGGCCGAGAAGGUGUGGGUCCUCAGUCGAGGCCUGCGUCUCAGGCCGACUUCCGAGCUAGUUGGCGAAGACAACUUCUCUAAGAGUGCUCUGGGCCACCUUACUUGUGCCUUCGCUGAAGCUCUCUCUGGGCCCCGGCCCCGGGAGCCCGACCGCAAGAGAGGUCUUGAGAACGUCGCUGUUAACGACCUGCUGUUGGCUGCCUCGUGGAGGACCGAGGCCUGCUGGAGGUGGAGGAGGAACGAGCACAUAAACUGCAAGGAAGCCAAGGCUGCUCACCGUGUUGUUUCUUUUGCGGCAGUGACCGAGGGAGACUCGAAGGUCUCCCUUCUGCUUGACUUUUCGGUUGCCAGAGGAGUUAUCGGGAAGGGGAGGUCAUCCUCGAAGGCCCUUCGGCCCAUCCUGCUGAAGACCGGAGCGGUGGCAGUGGCCGGGGGAAUUCACCUCGGCCUCCACCAUGCCCCGACCCGGCUAAAUGUUGCCGAUGACCCGACCAGGGACCCGGCUGUCGUCGAGGACCUCUGUGCCUUCGCUGGGCUGACUCCAGCUGCCGCCGGCUGGUUUCGCCUGACGAAGCUGAACCGAGCUUCCCUCCUUAGCCGUUUCAGCGACUGGUUAGGAGAGAACGGCCACGAGCGUGAGGCCUUCAUGCUCUGGCCGGCUGAGACCCUUGCCAAGACGCUGGAGCAGUACGGCAGGGAACUGUUUGAGGCAGGCAGGCCCUAUUGGCAUUACUCUGAGACGAUCAACGCCAUCAGUGCCCGCCGGCCCGCGAUUCGCCGCGUCCUGCAAGGCGCUUGGGAUUUAGCGUUCAGCUGGCUCGCCACUGAGCCCUACACCCAUCACGUCGCGAUGCCAGCCGUGAUCCUCCUGGCGCUUUUGUCGGUUUGCCUCACCUGGGGAUGGCGAGCCGAGGCAGGGAUAUUCGCCUUGGCCUGGGGCGGCUUGCUCAGGAUCGGCGAGGCUACUGGGGCGGUCCGGUCCUCGUUGGUGCUGCCAAGAGACGCUUUGUGGAGCCAGGCCUUCAUCCUCCUGAAGAUAAACGAGCCGAAAACUCGCCUUCGUACAGCCAGACACCAAGCUGCCAAAGUCGAGGCACAGGACCUUGUCGAGCUGAUAGAUCUGGCUUUCGCUCACCUGCCCUCGUACAGCAAACUUUGGCCUUUUUCGGCCCAGACACUUCGAAAAAGGCUGGACAGCGCUUUGGAAGCCCUUCUGGUGCCGACUUCGCGGUCCUGCUCCCGGCCAUUAGACCUCGGGUCUUUUCGGCCGGGAGGGGCUACCUUCGUUCUCCAAGCAACAGAGGAUGCUGAGCUCGUGCGAAGACGAGGCCGAUGGGUAUCGGCAAAAGUUAUGGAAAUUUAUCUUCAAGAAGUUGCGGCUUCAACGUUCUAUCCGUCCCUGCCAGCUACCACCAGGAGGCGGGUAAUGGAUGCGGCCGCUUGCUUUCCUGAGAUUCUCAGGAAAGCUUCCUCGUGGACUCGGGACCGAAUUCCCACGAGUGUGUGGUACAAUCUGUGGAGCUCAGAGAGCAGCGUUGCCACUGGCGAUGGCGACAGGUCGUGA